AUGCUAAAGAGUCGCACUUUUGUUAAAAAAACUCGUAAAGGAGGUGUAGUCAAGGUUGUUCAAGAGCAUUACCUACGAGAUGAUGUCUGGUGUGGGGUGAUUGGAUGCUCAUCGUGUAAUACUACUCAAGCCGUGCUCGAUCCUCAAUGCCUUAAUGUUCAAUCCAAUUUAUGCCCAAAGAGUCAUUUUAUAAUUCCAGACACCAAUGUAGUCUGCAAGCAGAUUGAUAUCCUGGAAGAAAAUUGCAUUAAACAUGCUAUUUUCUUACAAACUGUCUUGCAGGAGGUAAAACAUUUAAGUGCAAGUACCUAUAGAAGGAUUCGCGAUGCAAUAGCAAAUCCGGAAAAGAAAUUCUACGUCUUCUCGAAUGAACAUCAUAAGAAAACAUACAUUGAGAGAGGAAAAGAUGAAUCACCCAAUGAUAGAAAUGAUAGAGCUAUCCGAGUUGCAGCAAAAUGGUAUCAAAAACAUAUGCAAGAUAACUGCUUUCAAACUGACAUAGUUUUACUCACAAAUGACGUUGAAAAUAAAGAAAAAGCUGUUCAAGAUAAUUUAACUACAUAUACAAUGUACGAAUACGUUAUGGCUUUAACGGACAGUCCUGAACUUAUGGAUAAAUUAUCAGGAGACUUUGAGGAUGAUGAGAAAAAUCAAAUUGUUUUCGCUGAAUAUUUACCGCUUUCGAAGAUACAAAGUGCUAUUAAAGCUGGACGACUGAUACAGGGAACUUUUCAAAGCAGCCGGGAUAACUAUAAGGAAGGUUUCGUGAGAGUACAUGGAGAAGAACAAGAUAUUUUUAUUAAAGAUUUAGAUAGUAUAAAUCGUGCAAUUCAAGACGACGUUGUAGCCGUUGAAAUGUUACCGAAGCAAGAGUGGACGAAACCAUCUGGACUAGUCUGUCGAGAUGUAGAAAAUAAUGAAAAUGAUAAUGCUGAAACCGCAGGCUUAGAGAAUACUGCUCGUGAAGAAAAGCUCGAAAAUUAUAUAGCUGACGCUUUGCCAUCUGGCAAAGUUGUAGGAAUUAUUAAGCGAAAUUGGAGACCAUACUGUGGCAUCUUGUUACCAAAUCCAAAUCCAAACGCUAGACGGUUUUUGUUUAGAGCUGCUGACCGCAGAAUUCCACGGAUUAGAAUAUUAACGAGGCAAUCGAGUAAUUUACUUGGUCAAAGAAUUAUAGUCAGUGUUGACGCUUGGCAACGAAAGAGGAGAUAUCCCGAGGGACACUUUGUUCGUAGGCUAGGCCCUAUUGGAGAUAAAGAAACCGAAAGUGAAGUACUACUAAUAGAACAUAACGUUCCCUAUCAACAGUUUUCACAAGCUGUACUUAACGAUCUACCAACGUUACCUUGGGAAAUUACUGAUGAUGAUGCCAAGCAAAGAGAAGAUUUAAGACAUUUAACCAUAUGUAGUAUUGAUCCUCCAGGAUGUACAGAUAUUGAUGACGCACUACAUUUGACAGCUCUAGAAAAUGGAAAUUAUGAGGUUGGUGUACAUAUUGCAGACGUUUCCCAUUUUAUUAGGCCUGGCACCGCUAUAGAUAUAGAAGCUGCAAAUAGAGGAACGACGGUCUAUUUAGCCGAAAAGCGAAUUGAUAUGGUCCCUGAACUUUUAAGUUCCAAUUUGUGUUCUUUGCGAUCGAACGUAGAUAGGUUUGCAUUUUCUUGCAUUUGGGAGUUAAGUCCAGAUGCAGAUGUGAUAGCAGCCAGAUUUACGAAAAGCAUAAUCAAAUCUCAGGCUGCGUUUACUUAUGCUGAAGCACAACUGAUUAUUGAUGAUAAACAAAGAAAUGAUGAUAUUGCAAUCAGCCUUCGAUCACUGAAUGUACUCGCUCAAGCGUUAAAUAAAAAAAGAUUAGAUCAAGGGGCUCUGUCUUUGGCUUCACCUGAAAUUCGGUUUCAGGUCGAUAGUGAAACUCAUGAUCCCCUAGAAUUAGUCAAGAAAGAAUUACGAGAAACCAACUCUCUCGUCGAAGAAUUUAUGUUACUAGCAAAUAUAACGGUUGCAGAAAGGAUUUAUGAAAUUUUUCCUCAGUGUGCAUUACUUAGAAGACAUCCAUCUCCUCCUCUUUCGAACUUCGAUAUUUUAUUAAAGAGUGCAGCUGUUAAGAAUAUCCAAUUGCAAGUUGAUUCCGCCAAAAUGCUGUCAACAUCUUUAGCGCAAGCUGACCUGCAAGAUAAUCCAUAUUUCAAUACGCUGUUAAGAAUUUUGGUAACUAGGUGUAUGAUGCAAGCAGUUUAUUUCUGCUCUGGAACUUUAGCCUAUCAAGAUUAUUGUCAUUAUGGUUUGGCUACACCAAUAUAUACUCAUUUUACGUCGCCAAUCAGAAGGUAUUCGGAUAUUAUUGUGCAUCGGUUAUUAGCUAUUUCAAUAGGAGCGGAUAAAACGUAUCCUGAUCUUAUGAAGAAAGAUAAAGUGCAGGAACUUUGCAACCAUUUAAAUUUCCGUCAUAAAAUGGCGCAAUAUGCUCAACGAUCAUCAGUAUCACUUUAUGCCCAGCUAUUUUUCCGAAAUCGCGUCACGAAAGAAGAAGGAUAUAUAUUAUUCGUACGUAAAAAUGCUAUUCAAGUGUUAAUUCCAAAGUAUGGAAUCGAAAAUACGAUCUUUCUUAGAUCAGCUGAUGGAUCAGAAUUGCCUUUUAUACAUGAUGAGCAAAAUUUGAGCCUAACGUACCAGGACAUCACUUUACAAGUCUUCGAUCGAGUACUAGUGGAAAUUGCUGUCGAGCAUAAUGAAAUUCAAGGAUCGAAAAUUCGAUUACAGUUACUAGAGCCUCAAGUAUGUUCUUUUUCAGUUUGA